CUCACGAGGUUCAUCCUUUCUCAGCCAGCACCUUUGCAGCGGGUGAGUGCGUGGCGUGGAUGGACUGGUGAAAUUGACCAAAAUUCACUCAAGUCAGUAAAUUUGAGUUUCACUAAAACGCCACCAACAUGCCGGCGUAUUUUCAAAGACCAGAGAAUGCUCUGAAACGAGCGAACGAGUUUCUUGAGGUUGGCAAAAAGCAGCCAGCUUUGGAUGUUUUGUACGAUGUCAUCAAGAGCAAGAAGCAUCGAACAUGGCAGAAGAUCCACGAGCCCAUCAUGCUCAAGUACCUGGAGCUGUGCGUGGAUCUUCGCAAGAGCCACCUGGCUAAGGAGGGCCUCUACCAGUACAAGAACAUCUGCCAGCAGGUGAAUAUCAAAUCUCUGGAGGAUGUGGUUAGGGCUUACCUGAAGCUGGCGGAGGAGAAGACUGAGACAGCCAAGGGGGAGUCCCAGCAGAUGGUCCUGGACAUCGAGGAUCUGGAUAACAUCCAGACUCCUGAAAGUGUCCUACUGAGUGCUGUGAGUGGAGAGGACACUCAGGAUCGUACCGAUCGCCUGCUUCUCACCCCCUGGGUAAAGUUUCUGUGGGAGUCGUACCGCCAGUGCCUGGACCUGUUGAGGAACAACUCCAAGGUGGAGCGCCUGUACCAUGACAUCGCCCAGCAAGCAUUCAAGUUCUGCCUUCAGUACACCCGUAAAGCAGAAUUCCGCAAGCUGUGCGACAACCUGCGUAUGCAUCUGGGUCAGAUCCAGCGUCACCACAACCAGAGCACCGCCAUCAACCUGAACAACCCUGAAAGUCAGUCUAUGCACCUGGAGACACGCCUGGUGCAGCUGGACAGCGCCAUUAGCAUGGAGCUCUGGCAGGAAGCAUUCAAGGCUGUGGAAGACAUCCAUGGCCUGUUUGCUCUUUCCAAGAAGCCCCCCAAACCCCAGUUGAUGGCCAACUAUUACAACAAGGUGUCUACUGUGUUCUGGAAAUCUGGAAAUGCUCUCUUCCACGCUUGCACCCUCCACCGUCUCUAUCACUUGUCAAGGGAGAUGCGCAAGAAUUUGACCCAAGAUGAGAUGCAGAGGAUGUCCACCAGAGUUCUCCUGGCCACACUGUCUAUUCCCAUCACCCCGGAGCGCACUGACAUUGCUCGGCUGCUGGACAUGGACGGCAUCAUUGUAGAGAAACACCGCCGGCUGGCCACCCUGCUGGGCCUGCAGUCUCCUCCAACCCGGCAGAGUCUCAUCAAUGAUAUGGUGAGAUUUAACUUGCUGCAGUAUGUUGUACCUGAUAUCAAAGAACUGUACAACUGGCUUGAAGUCGACUUUCAUCCUCUGAAGCUGAGUGGAAGAGUUACAAAGGUGCUGAACUGGGUGAAAGACCAAGCUGAUAAGGAAUCUGAUCUGCAGCAAUACGUCCCUCACCUGCAGAGUAAUACCAUCCUGAGGCUCCUGCAACAGGUUGCACAGAUCUAUCAAAGCAUCGAGUUCACUCGUCUGGCCUCUCUAGUUCCAUUCGUGGACCCUUUCCAGCUAGAGCGCUCCAUUGUGGAUGCGGCCCGCCACUGUGAUCUGCAGGUCCGUAUCGACCACUCCUCUCGAACUCUCAGCUUUGGCUCUGACCUGAACUACUCGACCAAAGAGGAUGCCCCGGUUGGUCCUUUCCUGCAGAAUAUGCCCUCGGAGCAGAUAAGGAACCAGCUGACUGCCAUGUCUGCUUCUUUGGCCAAAGCCAUCCAGGUCAUCAAGCCUGCCUCCAUCCUGCAAGAGCGUGAGGAGCAGAACCAGCUCGCCAUUGCUGCCUAUGCGAAAAAUGCCCGCAAGGAUCACACGCGCAUCCUGGCCCGUAGGCAGACCAUCGAGGAGCGCAAGGAGCGCCUGGAGAGCCUGAACAUUCAGCGUGAGAAGGAGGAGCUGGAGCAGCGGGAAGCGGAGUUGCAGAAGGUUCGCAAAGCAGAGGAGGAGCGUCUGCGCCAGGAGGCCAAAGAGCGGGAGAAGGAGCGCAUCAUGCAGGAGCACGAGCAGAUCAAGAAGAAGACUGUCCGUGAGCGGCUGGAACAGAUCAAGAAGACUGAACUUGGAGCCAAGGCCUUUAAGGAUAUUGAUAUCGAGGACCUUGAGGAGCUGGAUCCUGACUUCAUCAUGGCCAAACAGGUGGAGCAGCUGGAGAAGGAGAAGAGGGAACUUCAGGAGCGUCUGAAGAACCAGGAGAAGAAGAUUGACUACUUUGAGAGGGCAAAACGUCUGGAGGAGAUUCCUCUUAUCAAAAAGGCUUACGAAGAGCAGCGCAUCAAGGACAUGGAACUGUGGGAGCUCCAGGAGGAAGAAAGGAUCAGUAACAUGCAGGUCGAACGGGAGAAGGCUCUGGAGCACAAGAAGCGCAUGUCCAGGAUGAUGGAGGACAAAGAAAGCUUCUUGUCCACAAUAACUGCUGCCCGCAGCUUCAUUUAUGAGGAAAAAUUGAGUGCUUUCGAGGAACGCUUGGUGGAGGAGAGGAAGAAGCGCAUGGAGGAAAGGAAGAGGCAGCGCAAAGAGGACAGGCGCAACACUUUUUACCGUAACAAGGAGGAAGAGGCACAGCGGAUCCACGAGGAGCAACUCAAGAAAGAGCGGGAGGACCGUGAACGCGUGGAAAACGAGCAGCGUGAGGAGGAGGAGAGGGAGUACCAGGAGCGUCUGCGCAAGCUCGAGGAGCAGGAAAAGAAACAGCUCGCUCGUCAACUGGAGAUCGAGGAGCGAGAACGCCGUCGUGAGGAGGAGAAGAGGAUCCCUACUGAGGAGAAAGCCAAGGAUUGGGCCGACAAGGAAGGAGAGAAGGAGGAGGGAGGAUGGAGGAAGCGUACGGACGGAGGGGAUUCAGAGUGGCGUCGUCCUGUGCCUGACCGAGCGGAGUGGAGACAAGAGGGCCGCGAAGAUGACAAAGAGGGCGCUGAAGGGACCUUCAGACGAGAAGGUCUUCGCCGGGGCGGAGAUGACCGAGGUCCUCGCCGAGGCUUUGAUGAUGAUAGAGUCCCACGCCGGGGCGCUGAUGAUGACCGUGGCCCGCGCAGAGGUUUCGACGAGGACCGCCCGAGGCGUGCCUUCGACGACGACCGUCCUUUCAGGCGUGGCUUUGAGGAUGACCGAGGUCCCCGUAGAGGCAUGGAGGACUCCAGAGGUUCCAGGCGUGGGGCCGACGAUGACUGGGGUCCCAGAAGAGGAGGGGAUGACGAGAGGGGUGGAAGGAGAGGCAUGGACGAUGGGCCGCGCCGUGGUGCGGACGUCGACGACGGCAAAGCCUGGAAGCCCCUGAGCCGACCUGCUACAGGUGGCUGGCGUGAACGGGAGAAGGCCAGAGAGGACAGCUGGGGUCCUCCACGUAACAACGCCAGUGAGGACAAGGACGAUAAAGUCGAGGAGAAACCCAGAGAAGACCUCAGAGACCGCCGCCCACCCAGAGAGGAGAAUACUUGGAGGAGGCCAGGCACAGAGGAAGGAGGGAGCUGCUGGAGAGACUCUGAGCCCCGUGUAGUGCGCCGCGAGGAGCCCCGUGUAGAGCGCCGCGAGGAGCCCCGUGUAGAGCGCCGCGAGGAGCCCCGUGUAGAGCGCCGCGAGGAGCCCCGUGUAGAGCGCCGCGAGGAGCCUCGUGUAGAGCGCCGCGAGGAGCCCCGUGAGGAGCCUCGUGUAGAGCCUCGUAUAGAGCCCCGUGAGGAGCCCCGCGAAGUCAGAGCCCCACCCAAAGAACAAGAGGAGGGAGGUUCUUGGCGCCGUGGAGGCGAGGAGAAGCGGGAGGAGCGCCCCAGAGACGAGCAGCGUGAGCCUGAGGCGGAGCCUGAAGGAGACAAGGGUUGGCGUACCGACAAAGACGCCCGCCGCAUCAAGAACGAGACAGAUGAUGACGGCUGGACCACUGUACGCCGCUGAGUCACUUCCUCUCAGCCGGUUAGCCACAGUGGUGAAUUCUGAUACUCAUUUGGGAUAUUCCUUUGUAUGACAUCUUUGUAGACAGUAGUUUUCCUGAAGAUGAUUUUCUAAUUAAUCUUUAAUUUUGACAUCCAGCUGUUUUGAACCAGAGGCUCCUAACACCAUCAACCAAUAUACCUUUAUGCAUUUAGUUCACCUGUCAAUGUACACAUGACUGUGGUAUCAUUACCUUGCAUUGAAAAAGUGAAAUUGAAUAAAAAAAACAUUGUUCCUGCUCAAACUUUCAGUGCAUCACCAACUGCCUCUUUUUAAUAAAUGCUCUUUACAAGGAUGAUGUUAUAUUAUGCCACAGAUCUACAACUCUUGUAAUAGCAAUGACCAGGAACGUGUCAUCUGCUCCGGUGAUCUCUGCGCUCUAUCUAUUUCAACCUGAACUAGGUGAAUUUACAUCUCCAUGUGCAUGCUUAGAGUAUUCAAUUGGUCUCGCCUCAUAUCCAGUGUGUGUGGUUCUAUCUUGCUGCAAUUAAUGGGAUCAAACCAGGUUGCAUGUGUACAGAUAAAGCCUUUAUUAAUAAAGAUGUUUGCUCACCACC